AUGAAGGUGUUACUCUUUUUGUUCUCUUUCAUUUUUUUCGUUACCAAAUGUCAAUGUGAAACAGAAGAUUAUAAACAGCUUCUGGUGAAGCUGGACAAACUGGAGGCGCUCGUGGUGGAAGGCUACGAGCUGUUCCACAAACAAAAAAUAGGAACAAAUGAAAUUAACAUAGUGAACAAUGAUGAUGGAAGUAGUGUUAAUACUUUAGGUCACCAAAUAAGAGAUUUCGUGGGCAAGUAUUUGGAGCUACAAAUUCCAGGACAUGCCAACUUGCUACACAUGAUAAGGGAAUUGGCCUUGGACGCCAAUGGACUAAAAUACCUUGUGGAGAGUUACGAAGAAUUCAACCAACUGAUGCACGUGGUAAACUUCAACUAUGAUUUGUUAAGGGCGAAACUCAACGAUAUGUGCGCCCACGAAUAUUGCAAAAUACCUGAGCAUCUAAAAAUCAGUGACAAGGAGCUGGACAUGCUGAAGAAAGUUGUUUUGGGUUAUAGGAAGCCCCUCGACAAUAUAAAGGACGACAUUGGGAAAAUGGAGGCCUUCAUCACUAAAAACAAGGACACAAUAAAUAACAUAAACCAGUUAAUUGCUACGGAGAAUAAUAAAAUAGUCGCCGGUGACACCAACUUGACUAAUAUCAUCCACGCGUCAAGCGAUGAUGGUGUAAGUGCGGCAGCCAGUGCGGGUGCUUCUCAAAGUUCUUCUUCUCCUGGUGUUGCUCCAGGGGUAGGUGUUGCUCCAGGGGUAGGUGUUGCACCAGGGGUAGGUGUUGCACCAGGGGUAGGUGUUGCACCAGGAGUAGGAGUUGCACCUGGCCCUGUAGCACCUUCUACAGGUGGAGACUACAACCAGAAGAAAAACACCUUCCAAGCCAUUUACAACGUUAUAUUUUACACGAACCAGCUGGAGGAGGCUCAAAAGUUAAUCCAAGUCCUGGAGAAGCGGGUAAAAGUGCUGAAGGAGCACAAAAGCAUCAAGGCGCUACUCGAGGAGGUCGCAGCGGAAAAGGGAAAUACUGAAAAUAGUAAUCCUACCACUGGAGGUGUUGCAACUCUACAGAAUGAAGCCCAGAUCAAAAUUGCCAACCUGGAGAAUCAAAUCGUAGCCAUUGCCAAGACGGUAAACUUCGACAUGGACGGUCUGUUCACCAACGCAGAGGAAUUGGAGUACUACUUGAGGGAGAAGGCAAAGAUGGCAGGCACGCUAAUCGCGCCCGAAAGUAGCCAGUCAACAAGCACCCCCCAAAAGGCAGUUCCAACCUUGAAACAGACGUACCCACACGGAAUAUCCUACCCUCUACCAGAAAGCAGCAUUUUCGAAUUGAUAGGAAAAAUUGGAUCCGAGGAGUCAUUUGGUGAUUUGCAAAACCCACAUGAUGGAAAGCAGCCAUCGAAGGGAAUCGUCAUUAGUGAAACUAAAAGAAAAUUACUUCUGGACAAUAUUACGAAUAAAAUAAAAAUGGAAGAAGAAAAAUUGCCCAAACUGAAAGAAGAAUACGAUGCGAAAAUGAAGCUGUACAAUGAGAAGGUUGAGGCCUUCCUACCAACACUUAAUCAUUUUUAUGAAGCAAAACUAGACAACACCUUUGUUGGAGACAAAUUUGAUAAAUUUAAGACCAAUAGGGAGGCAUAUAUGGAGAUGAAAAAAGAACUAGAGAAAUGCACCUACGAAGAGAAGACCAAUCUUAUUAACAAGCUGAAAAAACAACUGACCUAUUUGCAAGACUACAACUUAAGGAAAGAUAUCACCGACGAUGAAAUUAACUACUUUAGUCAUAUGGAGUGGAAAUUGAAGAGCGAAAUUUUUGAGCUAGCUAAGGAAAUUCGAAAAAAUGAAAGCAAACUCAUCACGGAAAACAAGUACGACUUCUCUGGGGUUGUAGAAUUACAAGUACAGAAGGUGUUGAUGAUAAAAAAAAUAGAGGCUCUAAAAAAUGUUCAGAACCUUCUUAAGAAUGCCAAACUGAAGGACGGCUUAUACAUUCCAAAGGUUUACAAGACUGGCGAGAAACCAGAGCCCUACUACUUGAUUGUCCUCAAAAAGGAGAUUGACAAAUUGAAGGACUUUAUCCCCAAAAUUGAGACCAUGAUUGCCACUGAGAAGGCCAACUCGGCCACAGAACCGGCAAACGUCAGCGGACAAUCGCUUAGAGGAGCAAGUGAAACGGUGACAGGUGCUGUCACAUCCACUGUGGGAACUACUGGAUCACAAACAGCAUCAGAAACAUCAGAGCAAAGUGGUAACCAGUCUCAGGGGCCACCACCUCAAGGGGGUAACAAACCCCAAGGUCCCCCCCCACCCCCAGCAUCAGUUUCACCGCAAGCCGAAUCAUCAACACCACAAACCGCAUCCUUACCAGCAGUACCAGGAGAAGCACCAGCAACAACACAAGUACAAGCACAACCAGCACCACCCGAAGAACCGCCAGUAGCACAAGCAACAGUACCAGUACCAGAAACAGAAGAACAAUCAGCACCAACAGAACCAGCAGGAGGAGAAGAAGCAGGAGCAGAAACCGCAGCACCAGGAGGAGAAGCAACACAAGAACAAGAGGCAGCAGCAGAAGCACCACAAGAAUCACAGCAACCACCAACAGAACCAGCAGGAGGAGCAGCAGCCCCAGCAGAAACAGAAGAUGUAACAACACAAGAGGCACCAGCACAACCGGCAGAACCAACACCUGCAGCAACAGCACCUGUAGCAACAGCACCUGCAACAACAACACCUGCAGUACCACCCAUGUCCAAACUGCAAUACCUCGAAAAACUCCUCGAAUUUUUAAAAUCCUCAUACGCAUGUCACAAGCACAUCUUCCUGACUAACUCCACCAUGAGCCCUCAACUACUGGAGCAGUACAAACUUACGGCUGAUGAGGAAACCCAAAUUAAGCAAAGCACAUGUGAUCAAUUGGAUCUGCUAUUCAACAUUCAGAAUAACUUGCCAGCCAUGUAUUCCAUGUAUGACACCAUGACCAAUGACCUGCAGAACCUCUACAUUGAGUUGUACCAGAAGGAAAUGCUUUACAACAUAUAUAAGGACAAAGACACGGACUCAAAGAUUAAGGCUUUCCUGAAACCCUCCACGAGCAAUGCAGCUGAGGCUGCGGCGGCACCUGCUCAAUCAGCGGAAAAUACCAACGAUCAAGUGGUUCCUAAUCCAGAACCCACAACAACAACAACAACAACAACAACAACAACAACAACAACGACAGUAGAUCAAAACAACACUGCGUCAGAAACUGUAACUAACGAAGUAAGCACCGCAACGCCAGUAGCUCCAGGUACCCAAGGGCCAGCUUCAGCAGACACACAAGCGUCACCUGUAGCAGACACACAAGCAUCACCUGUAACAGAAACACAAGAUACAACCCAAGCAGAACAAAACCAAACAGAACAAGACCAAACCGUGCAAGCUAGCAGCGAGGAGGAAUCCGAAACGAACAUUGUGCAAAUGGAUAAGAUUUACGAAAAUCACCUAUCCCAAAUGGAUCAAUAUGACGAAUAUUUCAUGAAGUUCCUAGAAUCCCAAAAGGAGGAAAUCAACAAUAUGACUAAUGAAAAGUGGGAAGCCUUAGGUACUGAAAUUGAAGCACUGAAGAAGAAGGUACAAGUAUCUCUAGACCACUAUGGAAAGUACAAGCUGAAGUUGGAAAGAUUUUUGGAGAAGAAGAAUAAAAUUUCUAAUAGCAAGGAACACAUUAAAAAACUCACAAGUUUGAAAAACAAAUUGGAAAGAAGACAGAACCUUUUGAAUAGCCCAACAAGUGUAUUAAAAAACUAUGCCGUUUUCUUUAACAAGAAAAGGGAAGCAGAAAAGAAGGAAGUAGAAAAUACACUUAAGAACACAGAAAUUUUGUUAAAAUACUAUAAGGCACGAGCCAAAUAUUACAUAGGUGAGCCGUUUCCAUUGAAGACCUUAAGUGAAGAAUCAUUGCAAAAGGAGGACAACUACCUAAACUUAGAAAAGUUUAAAGUGCUAAGCAGAAUGGAAGGAAGACUUGGAAAUAACAUCAACUUGGAGAAGGAGAACAUAAGUUACCUAUCCAGUGGAUUGCAUCACGUCUUUACAGAACUGAAGGAAGUUAUGAGCAACAAGAAAUACUCUGGUAGUGAGCACGCGAAAAACACUGCAGCAGUUAAGGAGGCGUUACAGGCCUACCAAGAAUUGCUCCCCAAGGUGGCCACUCAAACCGCAUCCUUACCAGCACCACCAGCUACGCCACCAGUAGCACCAGCAACAACACAAGUACAAGCACCACCCGAAGAACCAUCAGUAGCACCAUCAACAGUACCAGUGCCAGUACCAGAAACAGAAACAGAAACGGAAGAACAACCAGCAGAAGAGGUAUCCGAAGGAGGAGAAGGAGCAGGAGGAGCAGCAGCACCAGCAGCACCAGGCGAACCAGAAGCAUCAUUACCAGCACCUGAAGGAGAAACAUCUGAAGAAACAGCACAAGCACAAGCACCAGCACAAGCACAAGCACAAACACCAGCACAAACACCAGCAGGUGAAACAGCACCACUAGCACAACCAGAAGCAGCACAAGUAUCAGGAGACGACUACGACCAAGUAAUCGCGGUGCCCCUGAUCGGCAACGAUGAGGAGGACGAUGAAAACGAGGAGGUAAACCAAGUAACAACGGGAGAGGCAGAAAAUGCACAGCCUGAAGUGUUGGUACCAGAAGGAAUAAACGAAUACGAAGUGGUAUACAUAAAGCCAUUAGCAGGAAUGUACAAAACUAUAAAGAAGCAACUGGCGAAUCACGUGGCUGCAUUCAACACUAACAUAACUGACAUGUUGGAUUCUAGGUUGAAGAAGAGAAACUACUUCUUAGCUGUUCUCGACUCUGACUUGAACCCAUUUAAGUAUCCCUCAUCCGGAGAGUACAUCAUUAAGGAUCCAUACAAGUUACUGGAUUUCGAACAGAAGAAGAAGCUCUUGGGAAGUUACAACUACAUCAGUACGUCUAUUGACAAGGAUAUGGCCACCGCGAAUGAGGGUAUGGAGUACUACAAAAAGAUGGGCGAACUGUACAAGCAACACUUGGAUACAGUGAAUGAAAAAAUUAAGGAAAUCGAAACCAGUGCAGCUAGUGAAAAUAACCAAGUGGAUGCCCAAAAGGAAGAAUUGAAGAAGUACCUCCCGUUCUUGAAUAGCAUCCAAAAAGAGUACCAAUCGCUGGUGAACACGGUGAACACCUACACGGAGAACUUAAAAAAAUUGAUGAACAACUACCAGAUAGAGAAAAAAGAAACCGAUGUCAUUGUGAAGAAAUUGGAGUACUACACAAAAAUGGACGAAAAGUUGGAGGGCUUCAAAAAAUCGAGUAAAGAAAAUGAUGUGAAAUCUUCCGGUCUUUUGGAAAAAUUCAAAAACUCAAAAUUAAUUAAUGAAGAAGAAUCCAAGAAAGUAUUAUCCCAGUUGUUAAAUAUGCAAACGAAAAUGUUAAAUAUGGGUUCUGAGCAUAAGUGUAUAGACACCACUGUGCCGGAGAAUGCAGCCUGCUAUAGAUACUUGGACGGAACGGAAGAAUGGAGAUGCUUGUUGAACUUUAAAGAACUAGAAGGCAAAUGUAUUCCAGCACCGGAUAUGACUUGUAAUGAGAACAAUGGUGGUUGUGCCCCUGAAGCUGAAUGUAAAAUGACUGAAAGCAAGAAAAUUGUGUGUAAAUGUACUAAAGAAGGUUCUGAGCCACUCUUCGAUGGAGUUUUCUGUAGCUCCUCCAGCUUCCUAAGCUUAUCCUUCUUGUUGCUCAUUUUGCUCUUCCUCCUUAGCAUGGAGCUUUAA